AUGUUGAAGGUGGCUUCAAAUUUCGAUCCCUUGUCAAAUGGCAAGGUCCAGAGAAGGACUUCUACGUCCACGCCUUCAGGAGAUCAGAAUCCUCAAUUGAGCAAACUUCGUCGUUCUUCGUUGCGCUAUGCUCAAUCGGAAGACCUGACCAACGAUCAACACGAGAUUUAUGAAGGUUUCUCUUCAAAACUUUUCUCUAAAGAAGAAACUUCUGUCAAUCCUCCUUCCGAGGUGUCGUCAUCCCAUGAGUCUCUCCCGAUUAGUGUUCGCAUGUCAACAAGAAUGCGGACGAUGACAUCUUCUGAGCAGAAACGAAUGAAGGACGCGGAAAAUUCUAGUCUGGUUCCUCUUGGUCAAUUGAGUGUUAAGAUGCUUAAAGGUGGAACCAAACGUUCGCCUAAAUCGGGAAGGAAGGAUGCGUUGAGUAAUUUGGUAAUUUCAAGUGGAAACAGGUCGUUGACUGCCUCAAUGGAAUUGAAAAAAAAAUCGACUUCCCUUAAAAACGCAAAAUUGGAUUCUGCGCGUAGCCCAAAAAAAUUUCGUCCGAUCGCUAUCAAGGCCGCUGAAUCUACGGUUGGUGCAUCUGGGAAUUCGCGUGCUUUGGUCGAACUUACAACUGGUCCUGGGUCCUUGAAUACGUCAUAUACUCCCCGAAAGUCCAGUAAAUUACAUGCGGACCCCAGUAAGUCUCGUAAAUCUACUACUAAUGCAUCAAAACAAUUACCUCAUUCACAUGACUCUUCAAUCAAUCAUGCAUCAUUGAAUGUUUCUCUGGACUCAAAAAAAUCGCGCUCGAAUGUUGAUGUGAGGAGUGAGUCUGUAGAAAGAAAAAGGGAGGGAUCCGCAAAAUUGAAAACGAAUAGCUCGGUUAUUCAUCGCAGGAUAAACCAAAUUCGUGCAUGCAAGAAAGUGGUUCCAAACGAUUUGUCUGUGAAUAAGGAUAUCCCGUUUGGGAACGCCGCUCAUCAUGCGAAUUUUACGGAGUCAGUUUCCCACAAAUUUGUUGGAAAUGUGUCCCGUAGCGGUACUGACAAUCAAUCAUCAACUGAGCAAAGUGGUACUUUUCGUAAAGUGGAAAAGGAAAUCUCGACUGCAGGAACUGCGGGAGUUUUUUCUUCAAAUGCUUCGCCUUCACUGGAGUUGCUGGAACAGUUGACCAAAAGGUCAUCGAGAAAAUUGGCGGCGGAGUUAAGUAACACUGACUGCAAGAAGCGUAAUAAAGCCGCAAAUUUGGGGAGUGAUUCAAUUGCCCUAAGAAAUCAGCCAUCCGCGUUGAAAAGUUUUGUUGUCAUUGGAGGGAAGAAGGGCCUCGGCGCAUCAUCCUCAUCUCAAACUACGGUCAUGCUUGCCAAUAAUCAAAGAGAGACCCUCAAGUCAGUUAGAGUUUCUAAAUCGUCCCUUCCUACACUUUUGAAAGCGUUGGUCAAGGUGGAAACGAUAACAGAUAAGUCGAAGAUUAACAGUAAUUCCGGGAUUACGUCUACGGAAGGGGUGGUGAAGUCUAUCGAAAUAAAGUCGGAUGAGCUCACGUCCGAGCCGAAAUCUUCCACGAAUGAAAUCGUUCUCAAUGAUGAUGUAGAGGCGGUGUCUGCAAUGCGGAAUCGGUGCGAUGUUGCUCAGACGAGCAAAUCAGAUUUAUCUGAAGCAUCUGCAGACGACAAACGUCUGGAAUUGAUGCUCUUGCAGGAAGCCUUGGGGGUGGAUGAGAUGUCGAGGUUGCCGAAACGUUCGACGCCUGUUAAACCUACUGGGUCCACUACCGAAACUUGUGUUAAAAGUACGGAGUGGAUGGGGGUGUCAACGGCAGGAAAGCUAAACGAUGGUUCACACACUGCUUCAUUGAAAUCAUCCCCCAAGUCCCCAGUUGCUAGUUCGAGGGGCUCUCCUAGCAAAUCCAAGAAUUCGGCGUUGAAGCCGACGUCAACCACAGCUGGUGCAGUGGCUACGCCAGCGUCGAUUACUGCAUCGACCAGCACGGUAUCAAUCGUCACCACUACAACUUCACCGGCGGGAAAGGUAGCUCUCGUGGACUGGGACUGCUUCAUUGCCAAAGACCCACGCAAAGCGCGCUGCAACAGUGUCAGUAUUACCAACCCUGCUACCGCUGCCACUCAUUAUUCCACCAAAUCGCCACCCCAUCCCUCCAUCAAAUCGAUCACAACCACGAACCGCAGUCCCAAGAGUCCUACCUUCCAAACUACCGAACGUCGUCCUCCUUACCAGCCAAAAAAAAGUCCCGCUGAUGAGGACUCAACGUCACUCUCGAGCAAGAGGCAGGUCACUGGCGAUGUUAGUUCUGACAACUGUCGCCCAUGUCGGGCUCUUUUCUGCAACCCUUCCACCCUUGAAUCGGUGCAAUUAUUUGCUGAGGAAAGAAGUGCAGAAUGUGCGACGACCUCGAAGCUUAGUAAAGAGUUUUCUCCAAAACUUGAUUCUACCUCAUUGCUGGAUUCAUCUCCUCCGACAAAUGGCGAUGGGAAGCUUGUUGAACCCAAGGCCUCUGAUAUUACUACUCGUUCUUCAAGCGGCAUGAGUGAUAGAGUAUGCGGUAAAGGAAAUGAGACUGCAGCUAAAAAUCUGGUUUCAUCUCUUCCCGUUCAUGAUAACAGCGAUUCCAAUUCAGAAGCGACUGCUCCGGCCGUUAAUAAUAGUCAGGAUCUACUAAUUUCUCCUAUUGACAAUCGUGACGUUGAGAGCAAUCAAACGCUUCGGAAACGCUUACGGCCACGCAAAUCUAUUGACUACUUUGAGUCAGCGAAAAGGGUAAACAAAAAGGUGAAGAUGGAGGAGGUGGAGAACAAACUGGUUUCGAAUGACGAGGAUACGAAGCUGAAUGGAGCUUGGAAAGACGAAGAUGAUGAGGAGGAGGUGAAUCAGGAAAAGAAUAAAAGGAAGGGUAAACACAUGACCACGCACUGUUGCCCGGUCUGUCGGCUGACCGGAUUCGCAACGUUGGCGGAGCUUAAGGUGCAUCGAAAGAUCUCGUGCCGAAGGAAGUUAAAACCGAGACGUUUAAAUGAACACAGUAUUGUGUGGUACUGUCCUGGCUGUCCGACAACGCAGGGCCCCUUUGAAUCGGCUGCGGCUCUGCUCAAGCAUUUGCCCACCUGCCGAACAAAGAAAUUGGGCGGUGGAAGGGUCAAGGCCAACCAUCCCGCACUUUCCAUCGGUCCCCUCUGCCCGUCUACCCUCUUUGGUCCCUCCACCACUUUCGGAUGCUCUAUCUGCGGUGUCAUUGUCGCCUCCGAGUCGCGGUUGGAUCAGCACCGUAGGGAUGAGCACAAUUAUUAA